GGAACUACGAACCCCGGUUGGUUGAUGCUCCUUCCUGCAUGCUCUAUGCCGGUUAGACUGCUUUUGACCAUUUCCCACUUCCCCUCUCUGGUCUCUCUCCCCCUCUUUGCGACUCUGUUCCAUCUUUAAAUCGCCGUGCUUGAGCCAUCUUCCUUGCCCCUUGUCGAUACGCCCAGAGCCAGCCAGUAACAUGUCUGGAACUCAGCCCGAGUCGGAAACUCCUCCACCGGAAGCUCCUCAGCCGGAAGCUCCUCAACCCGUCGUGGUGCCCGCUUCGGACGCUGAGUCUCCUGCGCCGCCCGCAGCAGGCGAGGGAGAGCUCCAGCCGCCGCAGCACUGGACUCAGCAGCCUCUCGACGAUGGCGAUGCUGACUCAACGCUCGGCGACGACGCGGCUAGCUCGACGGCAUCCAUCUCGUCCAGUAUCCUAGAGUACCGGACCAUCAACGGCCGGACCUACCACAACGACCGUGGAAACAGCCAGUACUGGGGCGCAAACGACAAUCUGCAGAAUGAGACGCUGGACAUCCAAAACCACGUCUUUACCCUCGCCCAGGGUGGCAAGCUUCACUUCGCUCCCCUAUCGGAACGGAUCGAGAAAGUCGUCGACAUUGGAACGGGAACCGGAAUAUGGGCCAUCGACUUUGGCGACCAGUAUCCCGAUGCCGAGGUCACCGGCACCGAUCUGUCACCCAUCCAGCCGUCUUGGGUCCCGCCCAACGUGCAUUUCCAGAUCGAUGACUUUACGCAGGAAUGGACCUUUGCCGAAAACUCGCUCGACUACGUGCACAUGCGAUGGCUCAUCGGCUGCGUGACGGACUGGACCGCGCUGUUCCAGCAGGCAUACAAGUGCCUCAAGCCCGGCGGUUGGAUCGAGUCCUUCGAGUGCAACGGCUACUUCGAAUCCGACGACGGCACCGUCACCGAGACGUCAGCCUCAGCCCAGUGGGGCAUCAUCUUCCGCGAGGGCGCCAAGAAGCUGGGCUCUACCGCAUCCUUCGCCGUGGUCCGUGACGAGCUCCAGCGCAAGUGUAUGGCCGAGGCGGGAUUCCAGAACAUCGAGGAAAAGCCCAUCAGACUCCCAACAUCUGCCUGGCCCAAGGACCCGAAACUGCGCGAAAUCGGCCAAUUCACCAAAGCCGCCAUUGAGAAUGACAUCGAGGGCACGAUUGGCUUCAUGGCUAUCCAGUUGGGCUGGUCUCAGAAAGAAAUCACGGUGUACGCCGCCCAUCUACGCAAGGAGCUGCGAGGCGGUAAGGUGCACGCCUUCUAUCGCGCAAAUGUGGUUUGGGCCCAGAAGCCGUUUGAACAGUAAGGAUUGACAUCGGUUCCGUUUACAGCAUCUUAGCAUUUGCAUUUCUUGACGAAGCACAUCAAUGGCGCUGGAAGUCUCACACGUUGCGUGGGUGGCAGAAAUUACAGUCUGGAAUUGGGAGCGAGUUUGAACGAGUGCAUUAGCCUAGCUUUAUUUUCUCAUAGGUUCUGGUAACCUUCGGUUUGUGCUAGUAUAUAUUUGCGAAUGAUAUGCUGCCGCCGUACCAGUCACGAGGUUCUUUUCGCUGUCGUUGUCACUACCCGCUGUAGUCUUCAUCUCGAAAGACUGCUC